AUGACUAACGAAAACGUCUGGAUAGAGAAGUUGGACAAUCCAACCCUUUCAGUGUUACCACAUGACUUCUUACGCCCACAACAAGAACCUUAUACGAGACAGGUUACAUAUUCGUUACAGCUGCCUCAGCUGGAUGUACCUCAUGACACGUUCUCCAACAAAUACGCUGUCGCUUUGAGUGUAUGGGCAGCAUUGAUAUUUAGAGUAACCGGCGACGACGACAUUGUUCUUUAUAUUGCAAAUAACAAAAUCUUAAGAUUUAACAUUCUACCAACAUGGUCGUUUAAUGAGCUAUAUUCUACCAUCAACAAGGAGUUGAUUCAGCUCGAGUCUAUUGAAGCCAAUUUCUCCUUUGAUGGCUUGGCUGAAAAAAUUCAAAGUAGCCAAGGUCUGGAAAGGACACCUCAGCUGUUCCGUUUGGCCUUUUUGGAAAACCAAGAUUUCAAGUUAGACGAAUUCAAGCAUCAUCUGGUGGACUUUGCUUUGAAUUUGGAAACUAGCAACAAUACGCAUGUUUUAAACUUAAUUUAUAACAGCUUGCUGUAUUCAAGUGAAAGAGUAACCACUGUUACAGACCAAUUUACUCAAUACCUGACUGCUGCGCUAAGUGACCCAUCUAAUUGCAUAACUAAAAUCUCUUUGAUUACUGUAUCAUCCAAGGACAGUCUACCUGAUCCAACGAAGGACUUGGGCUGGUGCGAUUUUGUUGGUUGUAUUCACGACAUUUUCCAAGAUAACGCUGAAGCUUUCCCAGAGAGAACCUGUGUUGUGGAGACUCCAGCACUAAAUUCCCACAAGUCCCGCUCUUUUACUUAUCAGGAUAUCAAUCGCACUUCUAAUAUAGUUGCCCAUUAUUUAAUUAAAACGGGAAUCAAAAGAGGUGAUGUAGUAAUGAUCUACUCUUCUAGAGGUGUGGAUUUGAUGGUAUGUGUGAUGGGUGUCUUGAAAGCAGGCGCAACCUUUUCGGUUAUCGACCCUGCAUAUCCUCCAGCUAGGCAAACAAUUUACCUAGGUGUCGCUAAACCACGUGGUUUGAUUGUUAUUAGAGCUGCUGGUCAUUUGGAUCAACUGGUGGAAGAUUAUAUCAACGAUGAAUUGGAGAUUGUUUCAAGAAUCAAUUCUAUUGCUAUUCAAGAAAACGGCACCAUUGAAGGUGGUAAGUUGGGUGAAAGCGGUGACAUUUUGGCCCCAUAUGAACAGUUCAAAGACACCAGAACAGGUGUCGUGGUGGGGCCAGAUUCUAACCCAACCCUAUCUUUCACAUCUGGUUCCGAAGGUAUUCCUAAGGGUGUUCUUGGCAGACAUUUUUCUCUGGCUUAUUAUUUCAAUUGGAUGUCCAAAAAGUUCAACUUAACGGAGAGCGAUAAAUUUACAAUGCUGAGCGGUAUUGCACAUGACCCAAUCCAAAGAGAUAUGUUUACACCUUUAUUCUUAGGCGCCCAAUUAUAUGUUCCUACUCAAGAUGAUAUUGGUACACCGGGUCGUUUAGCGGAAUGGAUGAGUAAAUAUGGUUGCACAGUUACCCAUUUAACGCCUGCCAUGGGUCAAUUACUUACUGCUCAGGCUACAACGCCAUUCCCUAAGUUACAUCAUGCUUUUUUUGUAGGUGACAUUUUAACAAAACGUGAUUGUCUAAGGUUACAGACCUUGGCAGAGAAUUGCCGUAUAGUUAAUAUGUACGGUACCACUGAAACACAGCGUGCAGUUUCUUAUUUUGAAGUCAAAUCAAAGAAUGACGAUCCAAACUUUUUGAAAAAAUUGAAAGAUGUCAUGCCUGCUGGCAAAGGUAUGUUGAACGUUCAGUUAUUAGUUGUUAACAGGAACGAUCGUACUCAGAUAUGUGGUAUUGGCGAAAUAGGUGAGAUUUACGUUCGUGCAGGUGGUUUGGCUGAAGGCUAUAGGGGAUUACCAGAAUUGAAUAAAGAAAAAUUUGUGAACAACUGGUUUGUUGGAAAAGAUCACUGGAAUUACUUGGAUAGGGAUAAUGGUGAACCUUGGAGACAAUUUUGGUUAGGUCCAAGAGAUAGAUUGUACAGAACUGGUGAUCUGGGUCGCUACCUACCAAACGGUGACUGUGAAUGUUGCGGUAGAGCUGAUGAUCAAGUUAAAAUUCGUGGGUUCAGAAUCGAGUUAGGAGAAAUAGAUACGCACAUUUCCCAACAUCCAUUGGUAAGAGAAAACAUUACUUUAGUUCGCAAAAAUGCGGACAAUGAACCAACCUUGAUCACAUUUAUGGUCCCAAGAUUUGAUAAGCCUGAAGACUUGUCUAAAUUUCAAAGUGAUGUUCCAAAGGAGGUCGCAGUAGAUCCUAUAGUUAAGGGCCUGAUUGGUUACCAUCUUUUAUCUAAGGAUAUUAAAACUUUCUUGAAGAAAAGGUUGGCUAGUUACGCUAUGCCUUCCCUGAUCGUAGUCAUGGAUAAACUACCACUGAAUCCAAAUGGUAAAGUUGACAAGCCUAAGCUACAAUUUCCAACUCCCAAACAACUAAAUUUGGUAGCCGAAAAUACAGUUUCUGAAACUGAUGACUCCCAAUUUACCAAUGUUGAACGCGAGGUUAGGGACUUGUGGUUAAGUAUAUUACCUACCAAGCCAGCAUCUGUAUCACCAGAGGAUUCAUUUUUCGAUUUGGGUGGACAUUCUAUCUUAGCUACCAAGAUGAUUUUUACCUUGAAGAAAAAGCUGCAGGUUGAUUUACCAUUGGGAACAAUUUUCAAAUAUCCAACCAUAAAAGCCUUCGCUGCGGAAAUCGACAGGAUUAAAUCAUCAGAUGGAUCAUCUCAAGGAGACGCCACCAAAACUGUUACCGCAGACUAUGCGGACGAUGCCAAGAAAUUAGUUGAGACCCUACCAAGUUCGUAUCCCUCUCGCGAAUAUUUUGUUGAACCUAAUAGCGCUGAAGGCAAGACAACAGUUAAUGUGUUUGUCACUGGUGUCACGGGAUUUUUGGGCUCCUAUAUCCUUGCAAAUUUGUUGGAACGUCCUUCAAAGCAUUACAGUUUUAGAGUUUUUGCCCACGUAAGGGCUAAGGAUGAAAAAGCUGCAUUUGAAAGGUUACAGAGGGCAGGGAUCACGUAUGGAACUUGGAAUGAAAAGUUUUUUUCAAAUAUUGAAAUUGUAUUGGGUGAUUUAUCUAAAAGUCAAUUUGGUCUCUCAGAUGAGAAAUGGACAAAUUUGGCAAACACGGUGGACAUUAUUAUUCAUAAUGGUGCGUUGGUUCACUGGGUUUAUCCAUAUGCCAAAUUGAGGGAUGCGAAUGUUAUUUCAACCAUCAAUGUUAUGAACUUAGCAGCCGUUGGUAAGCCAAAGUUCUUCGACUUUGUUUCCUCCACUUCUACUCUUGAUACCAAAUACUACUUCAAUUUGUCAGAUAAACUUGUUAGCGAAGGGAAACCAGGCAUUUUAGAAUCAGACGAUUUAUUGAACUCUGCAAGCGGGCUUACUGGUGGAUAUGGUCAAUCCAAAUGGGCUGCAGAGUAUAUCAUUAGACGUGCAGGUGAAAGGGGCCUACGUGGAUGUAUUGUCAGGCCAGGUUAUGUAACAGGUGCAUCUGCUAAUGGUUCUUCAAACACAGAUGAUUUCUUACUAAGAUUUUUGAAAGGUUCAGUCCAACUGGGUAAGAUUCCAGAUAUUGAAAAUUCCGUGAAUAUGGUUCCAGUGGAUCAUGUUGCUCGUGUUGUUGUUGCUACAUCUUUGAAUCCUCCCAAGGAAAAUGAACUGGCCGUUGCUCAAGUAACGGGUCAUCCAAGGAUAUUAUUCAAAGACUACUUGUAUACUUUACACGAUUAUGGUUAUGAUGUCGAAGUCGAAAGCUAUUCUGAGUGGAAGAUGUCGUUGGAGGCAUCUGUUAUUGACAGGAAUGAAGAAAAUGCAUUGUAUCCUUUGCUACACAUGGUCCUAGACAACUUACCUGAAGGUACCAAAGCUCCGGAGCUGGACGAUAGGAACGCUGUAGUAUCCCUAAAAAAAGAUAUCGCAUGGACAGGUGUCGAUUGGUCCAAUGGAAUGGGAGUUACUCCAGAAGAGGUUGGUAUUUAUAUUGCAUUUUUAAACAAGGUUGGAUUUCUACCUCCACCAACUCAUAAUGAUAAACUUCCACUGCCAAGUAUAGAACUAACUCAAGCCCAAAUAAGUCUAGUCGCUUCAGGCGCUGGUGCCCGUGGAAGUUCCGCAGCCGCUUAA